UAGCAUGUCUGCUUCUUCAGCAUAAUUUUGAUCACUGCGUGUAUCCUGUUCUAGCAGAUUGACAGGCUUACUUUGUCUGCACACUUUUGCAAAAUUUUUGUUUUUUCCCCAAAGAAUUUGCAAAUAACCCCAUAUGGUGGGCAUUUGGCUCUUGUGUGUGUUGAUUCACAGUACCUGCACCCUUCUUUAGUAUUUUUCUGCCUUAGAUCACUGUCCGAUGAAUUCUGUUUCCAUUUUCUAUCGACAUGCUCUCUGUAUUUGUUCUGAGUGGCAUAAUUUACUGAUUCUGCCUGUUCAGGGACAGUGUUCAUCUUUUUUAAUUGGAUCUGCGUCUGUUCGUUUGCUCUGCAUAUAUCUAUGCCUUUAUUCCGCGUUGUGGUUCGCGCAGCAUACUUGCUCUUACUCCGUUAUCUUUACAGCCAAUCACAAGUCUGUCUCUGAUCAUUUCGUCUAUCAUUGACCCGAAAUCACAAGAAUCCGACAAUUGACGCAACCUCACAAUAUAUUGACCAGACGUCUGCUUGAGUUUGUUCACGUGUUAAAAAUGAAUCUUUCAUUAAUUACAUUACGAGUGGGUUCAAAAUGUCUUUGUAAAACGUCAACGAUUUUCUUAUAAUUUUCUUUAGCCUCUUCCCGCAGAUCUAGGUGACGCUGAAGCAUAUGGCACUCUCUUCCAAUAACACUGAGCAGUGUUGCCCCUCUCACAUGCGGGUCAUUUUUUAUCUAAACCUGUAGCGAUUUAAUAAUUCUCCCACUGAUCACGGAAAAACAACCAGUUUUGAUACAAAUGGCCGUUCAUGUCCAUGGCGCUAGCCACCGGAAUUUGACUGAGACAUUUUGUCGUUAUAGCCUGUAAUGCGACGCGCCGGUGCAAUUGGUCACUGGCGUCCGCACUCAUUCCACAAAUCGAAACAGCAAUGAGAAAUCUGACAGAUCGAAUCCUAAUGCUGAUCGACAUUAUGAACACAUUUAGCGUUAUAGGUUAUUACUGAUGAAUUUACAUCUAUCCAAACGUAUUCUUGAGGAUGGCAACGAAGAGUUGGGCGUCCGGCACACGUGUUGCCAAGAGUGACCACAGCAAACCUAAAGCUGGUGAACUGGCCUACCGCAAAGGAGACAUCCUUACUAUUGUGGAAACAGGAACGGGGAAAGGACAUUACAAGGCCAGACACAACACCACAGGAGAGGAAGGACUCGUCUCUGCCACCAACGUGCGAGAACGAGAGGCCAUUUGCGUCGACCCUAGUCUGAGUCUCAUGCCCUGGUUCCAUGGGAAGAUCUCAGGUCCUGAGGCGGUGUCCAAGCUGCUGCCUGUGGAGGAUGGCCUGUUCCUGGUGCGGGAGUCCAUCCGCCACCAUGGUGAUUACGUGCUCUGUGUCAGCUACUCCAGCCAGGUCAUCCACUACCGAGUCAUCUACCAGGACAGCAAACUGACCAUCGACAACACCCAGUACUUCUACAACCUCUUAGACAUGAUAGAGUUCUACUCCAAGAGCAAGGGAGCUAUUGUUACCAAACUUCUAAAGCCCAAAGAGAAGGAGGGCACCAAGUCAGCUGAGUUGGAGCUGUCUAAAAGAUGGCUGCUGGAUAUCAGGGAGCUGACCUUGGGGGGGAGUAUCGGGGAGGGGGAGUUUGGAGCGGUGUAUGAAGGAGACUACAUGGGCCAGAAGGUGGCAGUAAAGAACAUUAAAUGUGAUGUAACAGCACAGGCAUUCUUAGAAGAGACCACUGUUAUGACGAAACUGCAGCAUAAGAAUCUGGUGCGGUUGUUGGGGGUGAUCCUACACAAUGGACUGCACAUCGUCACAGAGCUCAUGGCCAAGGGUAAUCUGGAGAACUUCCUCCGGACAAGGGGCCGUUAUGUCAUCAGCACUGACCAGCUACUACGCUUUGCACUAGAUGUAUGUGAGGGUAUGGAGUACCUGGAGUCUAAGAGGUUGGUCCACAGAGACCUAGCAGCCCGUAACAUCCUGGUCUCCAACGAGGGCGUGGCCAAGGUCAGUGACUUUGGAUUGACCAAGUUGGACUGCAAGGCCUCAGACAACGCUAAACUACCAGUCAAAUGGACAGCCCCUGAAGCCCUGAAGAAUGAGAAAUUCUCCACACGGUCAGACGUAUGGAGCUACGGUGUUCUCCUCUGGGAGACGUUCUCUUAUGGUCGACAACCCUACCCCGAGAUGUGUCUGAAGGAGGUGAAGGAGCUUGUGGAGCAGGGUUACCGUAUGGAGGCUCCAGAGGAGUGUCCCCCCGGUGUCUACGCCCUGAUGAGGUGCUGCUGGGAGGCUGAGCCCAGGAAGAGGCCCUCCUUCCAGAAACUACAGGAGAAGCUGGAGAGAGAGCUGACCAAACACAGCCCUGGCCCUGGCUGCUGAAAUCAAUUUAAUAAUCCUAUUCAAAUAACUACUGUUCUUUUGUUGUGAGCUGCCUGGAGCAGGCACAGUAACCCGGGACAGGUGGCCCCAAGUGGUUACAGCUCGCUUCACAGCUUUCCCUGGAAACCCAAUGUAUUCUAGCAUCACACGGACAAAAGAGUAGCGGAUGAAGGAGUUUGCUUCUGCUGCUGCGUUCUGCUGCGUGCGCGCACACCUCCUGCAUUUGGCUACAGUGUAAAAUCAUGCAUCUUGAUUUGCUUAAAGAAAAAGCAUAUCGUUUUUAUGGCAAAAUUGUUUAAACGUAUGUUGAGUUUGUGCGAUGAAGGAUGCAGGAUAUUAUAAUAAGACAUAACCUGUAACAACAUGUUAUGGAUUUACUGUAAUGAAGAGUCCUUACAUUUAUUUCUGUCUGUGGUAUUAGAGGGAGCAACUCAACUCGUCAUAUCUCCACACCCCAAUUCUGUUUCCUGAGCAACAUACUGUAUUAUUUGUGUUACCAAAAUGUGGCCAUUAUUUUUGCUUUCAUAAUAGACAGAGAGCGAAAAGGAUAGAGGGAGAGCGAGAUGCAAAGAGGGAAAAUGCUGAUCCGGGAUUAAAUCCCAGAUCAUCCGUAUCUGCUUGUUUCAGACUGUAAUUGUCCAGCAAUAUGCCCUGCGACUCGGAGCUUAAUAUGUGAAAUCUUGAAUGUUAUUGCUGAUAUUAAUGAGGAAUUACAAAGCCGACAGCAGUUUGUCUGUGUACAAGCUCUGAGGAGCUACAGGGGAUUGGGACGGAAUAUCCUAUUUUAUUUUCAGUUCAUUUGCCAUAAAUGUAGUAGGCCUAUACUCCCAUAAAACCAGUGACUCAGCAGGUCUUAGUCGAUCUAUCUGUGUAAAGGGAAUUUCUUUCUUAAAUCCUGUUCCUAAAAGCAAAGGGGUGCUCAGUUUGAACAGUAAUUGUUGGAUUUUGGACAAUGGACAUUCACAAAGAAGAGAAACAUGCUGCAUCUGGGGUUUACAAAACCCUUUUUUUUUAAAUAAUGUAGAGCACAUAAGGGACUUAUCUCUAAAACAACCAAGGUUCCUCUGUCUUCAAGCAGCUAUGAUUUAACUCAACCCAGAUUAGAGAGGGGAGAGAUUUUUAUUUUAUUAUUGUUGUCACGUUACAACCCAAAUUAAAGAUGUCAUUAGUUUUAAGUCUUUGUAAGCCUGGUAUUUGUCUUUUACCCAUGGGAUGGACCCCAGAUUGAGUCCUGAUCCGCUCCCAUCACAUCAUUUACUUUGUUUCCCUAAAACUUCUAAUGGAUGAUUUGAAAUAUUCCAAGAAAUUAUGAAAAAAUAAAUAGGAACAUUUUUUAUUUAUUAAAAGAUUUUGGUGGCA